UGCACGAGUUCCACUUGACGCAGGAGGAGUACAUCGACAUGUUGAAGCUGAGCCAGUCGGCGAUGCUGCACCACUGGCCGCACGCAGUCGCUGGCAGUAACCACUCGCAGCUGCGGGAUGCAGCCUGCAACUGGCUCACUAAAAACACUGACCUCUGGAGGGGAUGGCGGAUCACACGACGGCCGAAAAUACUCAUCGGAGGCAUAUUCCCCAUCAACGGCAUGAACUACAAGGCCAAAGGGGUCAUACCGGCGGCCAUGAUGGCAGUGCGCGCUGUAAACAAGAACGACACGGUUCUGCGCGACUACGACCUCUCGCUGAAGUCCGAGGACGGCCAAUGCAGUACCGACAUGGUCAUGAAGAGCUUCAUCAACUACGUGCGCAUGCCGGAUCACAACCAGAUGGCCGGCAUCCUUGGUCCCGCCUGCUCUGACACGGUGGAGCCCAUAGUGGGCGUGUCGCGUCACUAUAACGUGGUGGUGAUCUCAUACAGCGCCGAGGGCGUGCUCUUCUCUAACCGCAGCCAGUAUCCCUACUUCUUCCGCACCAUCGGCGAAAACAAACAGUUCAGGUUCGUCUACAAGCAGCUGCUCCGGCAGAUGAAGUGGCACCGGAUCGCAGCGCUGACCGAGGACGGUCAGAAAUACUCAGAGUACAUCAGUUUCAUGCACGACAUGCUGCAGGAGUCCAAGAUCUCCUUCAUCGUCAACAGAAAGUUCCCCCGAGACACCAAAACAAUGGCGCCGUACCUGACGGACCUGCGCGAGAAGAACGCACGGAUCAUUAUCGCCGAGGCGUACGAAGUAGCUGCGCGCGCCAUCAUGUGCGAGGCCUACCUGAAGAACAUGACUGCUAGACAGGGUUACGUGUGGUUUUUGCCAGAGUGGUUCUCGUCAGAGUGGUAUCUGGUAAAUAGCACUGAUAGCACCGAUGGGGAUCACAGCAAGUGCAAGCCAGAAGAACUCAUGCAGGCGCUGGAGGGACACCUGACUCUUUCUCACGCCUACUUUGCCAACGACACGGAGAUUAUGCAGGAGGGCAUCACAGUCAAACAGUGGCGACACAACUAUAGUGUGCAGUGUGAGGAGGAGUACGCCGUAGAAGAGUCUGACUACGCCGGGUACGCCUACGACGCCGUCUGGACGUACGCCCUGGCUCUGGACAAGCUGCUGUCGGAGAAACCGUCCAGUUUUCAGAACUUCCACACGGGGCCCACUACAGCACGUUUUGUCGAGAUUCUGAAGGCGACCAACUUCAACGGCGUGUCGGGCAACAUCCAGUUCGUGGGACCGUCCCGCAUCUCCAUCAUCCUGGUGAAGCAGUGGCUGCGCGGAGAGUACCACGUCGUCGGACACUUCGAGCCGGACGUCGACAGUGGUGACGGAGGCAUACUGCGGCUGGACGAGCGCAAGAUCCGGUGGCUGACUUCGGACGGCAGCCGCCCCGUGGACGGCUCCUCAGACCCGUGCGAUCUCCAGCCGCUCGCAGACCUCCUUGGCACCACCUGCGAGAACGCCAUGAUCAUCGUCAAUAGCAUUGUGCUGCUGUUCGUGCUGUUGAUGCUCAUCUGCUGUGUUCUCUUCUAUAAACGCAGGUACGACAAGAAGAUGCUCCGUCUCAGGGAGAUGGGACUGACCAACAAGAUGGAGUUGAGACUGGACGGAUGGGAGAUCAGUCGGGAUAACGUGGUGAUGAACCGCCAACUGGGAAAGGGUGCGUUCGGCACGGUUUACGGCGGAGAGGCCACCCUGCCCAAGGACAGGUCCUACCGCGGCCCGGACAAAAAACGCGGCGGUCAGGAGGUCGAGAUGGAACUGCGUUCGGUGGCCGUCAAGACGCUGAAGCACAACUGCACACUGGAGGAGAAGCUGAACUUCCUCAGCGAGGCAGAGAUGAUGAAGCAGUUCAACCACAAGAACAUCGUGCAGCUGCUGGGCGUGUGUACACGCUCAGAGCCGAUCCUGACGGUGAUGGAGUACAUGCUGUACGGUGACCUGAAGAAUUUCCUGCUCGCCCGACGUGGUCAUGUCAUCGACAAACAGUUUAUGGACGAAAAUAAUGAAGUAUCCAGCAAGAAGUUGACAUCUAUGGCACGAGAUGUGGCCUGUGCGCUCGCCUACUUGGCUGAGCGCAAAUACGUGCACAGGGAUAUCGCGUGUCGGAACUGCCUGGUCAACGCCCAGCACACAGUCAAGUUGGCCGACUUCGGAAUGACGCGCUCCAUGUGCGAGAAUGACUACUAUCGGUUUAAUCGUAAAGGUAUGCUACCCGUGCGCUGGAUGGCUCCAGAGUCUCUGGGCGACGGCCUCUUCACGCCGGCUUCGGACGUGUGGUCGUUCGGCGUGCUGCUCUUUGAGAUAAUUACGUUUGGCAGCAUCCCGUUCCAGGGACUCUCGAACGCAGAGGUGGUGGACCAUGUGCGACACGGCAGUCACGUGGCCGUGCCGGACGGCGUCAAAGGCGAGCUCGCCGAGCUGCUGCUCUCCUGCUGGUCCUACUCUCCCGAGAAGCGGCCGGAGGCCAAGGAGGUGGUGGAGCGGUUCGCCUCCUACCCUCGACUCAUCUCGCCGUGUCUGGACGCUCCGCUGUCGGUGGUCCAACUUGACGGUCAGAACACGCACGAGGUCGACCUCAACACGAGUCGCAAGCACAGUCUGUUGAUGAACGGCCGGCCGCAGGCGCUGUUUCAGCGAGCCACCUCUCACGAGCUGGCCGACAUUGCCGAGUCCGAGAGGCUGGUAAACGGCUCGGCGCCGACGGGAGGCGGAGGCUGGACCGUGCCCUCCAGCCCGUUCGGCCGUCACGCGGCGCAUAACGGCCGUCACGGUCACCGUCACGCGGACACGACUGAUGUGUGAGCGACCGUCACGGGGCGGUCCGCACCGCGCCGUCCGGUGCGUCUAGUCAGAGCCGUUCUAUCAAGUACAAAGACUGGGGAUGGGGUCGUCAUAGACUGAUUAGAGAGUCAUGUGUUAAUCGAUAGGGGUGUCAGUCAGCCACCCAGUGUUCAUAAUCUUCACCGGUCGGCUCUCGGCUGGUUCCCGCAGCCGGCCACAGCCAGUGGCGCUCGCUCGUAGCGCUCGAUAUAUUCUCUACGCUAACGGAAGUUCCAUCGCGAGCUUAAAGUCCAGGUGACGUCCACGAGCUCCGCGCUGCUCUUCCAUAUGUCAUGGUUGGCCAAUUGUCGCCGCUGGGAGGCGCCCCACAGCAGUCAUUAAGGGAUUUGGGCUCAUAUAUAGAUCUGUCGGCAUUUCUGCCCAACGCGGUGGAUUGGGCCGUACGUUAACACUGCUCAGAAGCUAGUGCAGUCAUUUUAUCGGCAAUUUGCCACUGUACCAUCAAGUCAUGGAGGUAUGUACGUCGGCGCGGUAUUGUAUUGUGUUUGUGCACUGUGUUUGUGCGCAUGUAUGUUUGUGUAUGUGUGCAUUGUGCCAUUGCAAGGGAUGCGACUGUUGGGGCAGGGAUGGGUCAGUUUGCGUCUGACAGUGACAGAACCACUGGAUGUGGGGUAACGCAUGGUGCCAGGGUUGCGUCAGUCGAGAAGGCGCGGUAUAUGCCAUAGUUACGCUGUGAGAAUCUUAUCUGAAAUCAUGAAACGUCAUAGCAUGAUGUCAAAGUGAUGUCAUGUGUGACAACCGCGCGAAAUCAGUGUCUCUACGUUACGUCAGUGUGGUGCUUCUUGUCCUAGUAGUAAGUGAUAAUAUUGUGGUGUGAAACAGCAUGUGAUGUCUUGGUCGUAUCGCAUGACGUUGUGAUGACGUCAUAUGAUGUCGCCGUGCCGUGGAUGAUGACGUGGGCUGUGACGAUGUACGGUAGUUGACAGGUUUAGAGGCGCAUCCUGGCUAUAACUCAGGUGAACGUCACUCAGAGGUUACGACCGUAGUCAGGUAGCAUGACAGGCACCGAGGCGCGCCGCCGUUCGAGUCAGUGGGUCAGUCGAGACUCGUGAGACUUCCAUAGGAUGGUGACUUUAGUUUACUUCAGGGCACUCUUAUACUAUCGCUUAUACCUAUCACAUCUGUUAUCUUUGCACACCAUUUAAAGAUAUUGGGAAGAUGUGCUCCGCUUUGCCCCCCUCUCUCUCUUUCCAACUAUGGCAAGCUGCGAUGUGUUAUUUACCGAAUGUCAAUCCAGACCGUCAUAUGCGCGGCCCUGCUUCGUUCUGGAUAAUUUCAAGAAGUGAUCAUUGAACUCAACAUUUAAUUCAUAGUCAUGAUGGGUCUGCUAUUUGUACUUCGCAUGUUGUCAAUUCGUAAAAUGAAAAUGUGUGUACUUUUGACUUCCGUCGCCGUUUUGAAUUUAUUGAAAAUAUGUAAGGCUGCCUUUCGUGCUAAUUAAACAAGAAAAUUUUAGACGGCUCACAGGAAGGUAAAGUUACUGAGAUCCGUUCCGUCACUCUCCAAAUAUUGAUGGCAGAUAAUCAUGACUCAUUGACCCCUUGGAGCGGCACACGGAGCAACACUACCGGUAGUGUUGAACUUUUGUUGAAUAUAUAGGGUGUUCACUAAAAAUUGACACAAACUUUGAAUGGCUGCAUAUCAAAAGUGAAGCAAGCUAUAACGAUGCAACUUAGCAUAGACAUAAAAGGGACGUUUUUUUCAUAUCGAGCAUAAAAUUUCACGGAUGUAAUGAAAACAGUGGCGUUGGAGGUCGUUUUAAACAAGGACUACCAAAAGCCCAUUGGCAGGCUUUCCCAAAAUAGCACGUCAAUGGGAGAGUUUGGCAUGCACAAAUACCUAAUGAAAACUUAAAAUGUCAAAAUUAGUUACAUACCGUACAGUGGGACGAAAGUUCUAGAGGGUGUGGGAGUCCGAAAAGCUGAAGUGGUGUAAUUCGGAAGAUAUUGACCUGAGGAAGGGUCGGGGCCCCGAAAAUGCACGUGGAGGGGCUUUUUGACACCUCACGGCGCAAUGCUGCUGAUCAGUAAGGUAUUAACUGUGCCUAAGCGAAGAAGAUAUAUCACACCUGAGACUAGGCUGAGUUACAACCGGCGCAAAUGAUUUCUCGAAGCGACUGGGAACAACAUAAGGCCAGAGAAGUAAAUAUGCUAUGGUCAAAAAAAAAGGACAAAAAAUGCAGAAAAAAGGUUGAACUAUUUAAGGUAGAAAAAUCAUGUUUUUAGUUAAAGGGCGACAAUUAACUAGACAAUGGAGUGUUCUGUUGUGAUGUGAUCGAUGAUACAAGGGCUAACGUCCAUUUAAGUGUCAGCAUGCAAGCUAACGCUGGAUGCCGUGGUGUAUGUGUUAUUUCAGAGAA